CUGCUGAGUUAACAUCCAGCUGCUUGGAUAAAAUGCGGCCUCCCUCUUUGUCUGUUUGUCAGCCGGAAUCAUGAGUGCUCGAGGAGGAACACCGUACGUUGGCAGCAAAAUAAGUCUGAUCUCCAAGGCACAGAUUCGCUAUGAAGGUAUAUUAUCCUCUGUGGACACUGAUAACUCCACAGUUGCUUUGGCCAAAGUAAAGUCAUAUGGGACAGAGGACCGGCACACAGACAUUCCAGUUCCACCUAAAGAGGAAAUAUAUGAGUACAUAGUCUUUCGAGGACGUGACAUAAAGGACAUCACAGUGUCUGAACCAAUGAAACCAUUUCACGGGUUCCCUCGAGACCCCUUUCUACUAUCAUCUCUUGGAUGCUCCUCUGGAUGUCACCCAUGCUGGAACCCUUACAGAAACGUGGUGCCCACCUACAACCAGCUGGCAACUGGCUCUCUACUCACCCAGGAGUACAAUUCGGCAUUGGGGCUCGUUCCAGGAUUUCACGGUAUCCUUGCCAGAAAAGCUCCCAUGGUAGAGCAAGCAGUUCAGACAGUUCCAUUGGCCAGCAGUGCUCAAAAAAGGAAAACUUCAAUUCAGCCUCAGCAGGUCAGACAGACCACUCGUUCUCCCCAGCGUGCAGUUUCCCAAGUUCAAAAAGAGAAUUUCCCCCGGACUCAAACUGUGUCAGAGCCAAAUGGAGGUGGGGCGCAAGGCCAAAGCACAAGUAAUAAAAAAAGGCAAAAACGAGGAAGUCACUUGUCAAAGAACUUGAGCAGAGGCCAGCAUCCUGUGAAGAACCCAAAGCCUACAACUUUGAAGUUUGAGUCAGAUUUUGAUUUUGAAACUGCAAAUGCUCAGUUUGAAGGUCUCUCUGAGGUUUUAGUUCAGAAAGACCCCAAGAGCCUGUGUACACAAGAGACACCUGGGGACAAGAAUUAUGACAUGAAUAAGGGCUUCUUUGACAACCUCUCAUCAGACAUAAAGCCCAGGACCAUCACAUGGGACGAGGUGAAAAAGUUAAACCUGGAGACUUUUGGAAUGCAGGGACCUUUAGUGAGAGGCCGAAGAUUCUGGGGUCGGGGCCGCAGAGGACAGAGCAAAGCUGAACAGAGACCCGUCCCAAAAAUUGCCAGUGGGAGAGUCUGAGUUUUUUUUUUUUUUUUUUUUUUUCUGUAAAUAUUGUAUUCUAUUUAACUGCCUACCCCUUUCAAUUUGAAGUACUUGGUGUACAUUUUCUUUUUUAAAUAUGCAUUAAUGGGUGUACUCUAGAUUCUAUAAUCUAAAAUGUGAGCUUUUGUUUUAUUCCUGCCCAGCAUGUAUUAAUUUGUAGUUCAUGCAAUGAAAGCUGUGAAGUAUGCAAUUUAAUUUUGUUCUGUGAUUGACUGUCCACAUAAAUUGAAAUGAGUUUUAAGAGGAUAUUCCAAAAUGGAAUGGACAGUCAACUGUACUUUAUUUUCCCCAUUACGCUAGUGUUUGUAAAAUGCUGGAUAAUUGUUGCUAUUAAAUGUGAUAGAAACUC